UAAACGUUGACAUAAAGGAAUUGUUGCGUUACAUAUGUGCGAGAAUGAAGCUUUUGUACACGACAUUUGACGUAAUGGUAUCUGUUUCAGAAAUAAAAAAUCAAAUACUGGGUUAUAGGGUCAAUAAUAUAUACGAUGUGGACAAUAAAACAUAUCUUUUAAAACUUGCUAGCACGAAGUCUGACGACAAGGCGAUAUUGCUUUUAGAAUCUGGCUCACGCUUACAUAUUACUGAUUUUGACUGGCCUAAAAAUAUCAUGCCGUCAGGAUUUUCCAUGAAGCUGCGUAAACACAUACGAAACAAGAAGAUCGUUGAUAUCUCCCAAGUCGGAGCCGAUCGCGUUGUUGAUAUCCAGAUUGGUUAUGAGUCGUCUGCUUAUCAUUUGAUUGUGGAGUUGUACGAUCGGGGGAAUAUGCUUCUUACUGAUGAAUCAUUUACGAUCCUUCACUUGCUGCGUCCCCGAACUGAUAAAAAUCAGAAUAUUCGAUUUGCAGCCCACGAGAAGUAUCCUAUAACUUCCUGUCGUCAGAUCCUGGAAUGUUUUCGCGAAUUAAAAGACCAAAAAUCUUUAAAGGAUAUUGAGAAUUUCCUCACUCCAUUAUUCCAAUCAUCUAAGGGACCUUGGACUUCCAAUACAAAAACAUGUGACGACCCUUCCAUAAACAAAAGGUUAUCUUUGGAAUUACCUUAUGGCAGCGUCAUCAUAGAACACUGCAUGCGUAUAGCCGAAAACAAAGUUAAACAGAUGAAGCAUCAUAAAGAAGAUUUCCAGCUACAAUCCGAAAAAGAGGACUUGAUGGAGUUGUAUGUCAAACACUUCGCUGUGGCUUUGAGAGAUAUUUUACUAGAACCAUUCUUAUGUGACCGUCAAACGACUCCACAUGGUUAUAUAUUUGGGAAAUCCUAUCAAUCUUCGGACGAAGGUUUGCGAACUUAUGAAGAAUUUCACCCAUUCAUAUUCGAACAAUAUCGAGAUAAACCUCACUUAGUAUUUGAUAGUUUCAAUAAGGCAGUGGACGCAUACUUUUCAAAAAUUGAAAGUCAAAAAACAUUAGAACAAAUUUCACGAAAUGAACAAAAGGCUAGUAGAAAAGUUGAAAAUAUUAAAAAAGAUCAGGAACGGCGUUUAAUGUUACUAAAAACUGAACAAGAGUUAGAUAUGCAAAAGGCUUACCUGCUUGAAGCUAAUCGUCGGCUUGUUGACAAUAUUAUUAUCAUGAUCAAUCAUGCAUUAUCAAAUCAAAUAGACUGGAAAGAAUUAGCAUUAAUCGUUGAAGACGCAAAACAACGUGAUGAUCCACUUGCCUGUCAUAUUGUCGAGUUAAAAUUACAAACAAGUCAGGCUGUCAUACGUUUAAAAGAUCCUUUUGAAAGUUCAAGCGAUGUUAACGAAACCUUAAUGAAAUCAGGCAAGAAACAUGAAUAUACAGAAGUAGUUGUAGAUAUAGACGUCAAUGCUCUAACCAAUGCACGAAAAUAUUAUGAUAAGAAACGAGCUGCUAGUAAAAAAGAAGAAAAAACUAUCAGCGUUUCGCGCAAAGUUUUGAAAUCAGCCGUACACAAUGCUGAAAUGAAAAUGAAAACCGCUAAAACUGUUGCACAAAUUACAGAAGUUCGUAAACCAAUGUGGUUUGAAAAAUUCUUCUGGUUUAUCAGUUCAGAAAAUUACUUGGUCGUUGCUGGUCAUGAUUCACAACAAAAUGAAGUAUUGGUAAAACGUUACUUAAAACCGGGCGAUAUAUUUGUUCAUGCAGAUAUACAUGGUGCUAGCACUGUUAUAAUAAAGGCCCGACAUUUAACUUCUGAAGAGGUAGAUUCUUCAAAACAUCAGGACUUAUUGCAUCAACACAGUUUACCAUUACCCCCUCCAAAAACCUUGUUAGAAGCUGGAAAUAUGGCGGUAGUACUAAGUUCUGCAUGGCAAAGUCAUGUUCUAACAAGAGCUUGGUGGGUCCAUCAUGAUCAAGUUUCAAAAACAGCUCCAAGUGGUGAAUACCUUACAUCUGGUGCAUUUAUGAUACGUGGGAAGAAAAACUAUUUACCUCCAUGUCCCUUCGACUAUGGAUUUGGAAUUAUGUUUAAGGUAAAAGUUUACGUUUCUGUACUUAAAAUAGCUAGAAUAAAAAGACUUGUAGAACAAUAGGAAUUCAUUUUAUUCGAAGGGUGCCUACUAGAUUUACAGACGACUUUAACUUUUCAGCCAUAAGUAGGGUUGAACAUGAAAGUUUUUUGUAUUGUUAUCAUUAAAGUUGCAACGAUAGUUCAAAAAACGAAACACAAAAGUGACACUAUUGAAGUCGACACGAAUAUGUUUAUUUCUUUGUGAAAUGGCUGUUUUUAUAAAAUCAAGGUGUUUUGAGUCAGGAAUAAUAAUAAAUCUAAUUAUUACGUCGUAAAAUAGCAUAAUUAGAAUAAAACUAAUCCAAUACAUGAAAGACAAUAAAUUUAACCAUCCUAUUUUUUGAGGCGUUUCGACACUCAUGAAGAAGGUUUUCGUUUCAUCUAUGAUUCUCAUCAAUUCCUAUAUACAUAUACAGGGGAUUUAGCGUUCUGUUGGUAACUCGAAUUAAAACUCAUAACUGCUGGACAUGUGAAUUACUAUAUGGACUCAGUAGCUUAGUGGAUAACGCGAUGGCCUUUGAUGUGAAUGGUCCUGGAUUCUAGUCUUGAAGUGAACAUCAACUCUAGAAUCCAGGUAGGUACACCCAGUUAACAAGUUCCAAACAGGGCAAAACGUGCAUCCUAGAUUCCAUUGUUGGCCACAGUUCAUCUAUUCUCUAUCAAAAGUUUGUAGUCACUGUGGUUUUAUCCUUUAUAACUGUCAAGUAGUUUAAAUGGGCCAGAUAAAUUAUGCUUUGUUGCAACUCAUUGUAAUUCUUUUCUCCAUACGUUUUACGAUUUCAGUUACAUGAGGAUUCUAUAGCUAAACAUGAAGGAGAGCGUCGCAUCAUCAUCAUAGACACCCCAUCUUACGAAAUGCCCCUUAAUCAGUUCGAAUCAUUAACUAUCCAGAAUAAUGAAGAAACUACAGCAUUUCCUGAUGCUUUUCUUCAACUUGAUUUAGCAAAUGAUCUCCCAAGGUAUUCAAAAUGAGUGUGGCUGUUUUCGCUAAUCUGUUACGGUGUUCAAAUCUUAUAUUCUUACAAGCUAAGCUUAUUUCGUUACUAACAAUAUCUUCAGUGUUUAUCUUUUUUGGUAUUUAAAGUUAUUAUACUUUAUAUUGAUUGUUGCGUUUGAUCUUAAAUUUCUCAACUUUUGUUCCCACCUUCAAUUUUUCCUUGAGACAUAUUAUAAGUUCUCAUAUCAAAUUACUGUAUAUGCAUAAUCUACUCUUAAUGGGUAAAAACGCUUAUGGAUAACUCUCCGAAAUGACUUGGAGAAAGAAAACUAAAAGUGUUUGACAUGUGUUUUUCAUUUGACUAAGUGGGUACCAGCUCUUUAAGGAUUGACUUGUACAGUUGAUUAGUGUUGCACCAAGGACUAUGGUAGUUUGGUUUAACGUAGAAGAUUGAUCAAUGGUGGUAUUCUUUCGAUCAAUGUGAAAUUUCUGGUUGGAUGUCUUGUAAUGGUGGAAUCUGAGCGUUUUACUUACGUUUAAUUUGUCUCUUUAGAUUUCCCUUUGUAUGUGAUGUAUUUAAUGUCGGCCACAACUUGGUCAUGUAGUAUUCUUUGAUAGUCAAUCUAUCCAUGAUUCACUUAGUUGUCUACUUAAUCAUUAAAAAAUAGUUCUCGAUAUACAAAACUCUUAAACACUAAUAUUCCUUCAUGAAUUAAUCCGUCAAUUUUCUCGGUAAGCGGGUAGUCUGGCUCAUUUGCGACAUUAUUUGCUAUUACCCCAUGAUUAACACUUAUAACCUGGUACAUAAAUAUGUAUGUAGUUCCUGAUAGGUUGCUAGUAACUGGAAAAUUAGUUCAUUCUCAUAAACUUUUUAAUAAAUGAACUGAAAUCUUUUUACAUGUCACUACUUCUUAAAAUUUUAUUUUCUUUAAACCGUAUUUAAAAAUAACCUUGAUUGUUAUAUUUUGCUUCAGACAUAAAGAUCCUGAUGUAUCGGAGAUUUUAUCAGAAAAUCCUUUUAAAAAAGUUAGGACAAGAGGUCAAAAGGUUGAAAAAUCGAAACCAACCAAGAAAACAACAAAUUUAAAUAAAGAAACCAUUGAAGUAAACAAGAAACUCAAUGAGCCAUUACUACCAUCAACUGGUCAACCGGUUUUAAAACGUGGUCAGAAAGCUAAGCUAAAAAAAAUUAAACAAAAAUAUAACGAACAAGAUGACGAGGAAAGAAAUCUUCGUAUGAAAAUACUUCAGGGAGACGACGCCAAACCAAGUCAGUAUCACCAAAUUCUUGAACGUGAUCACUUGUCAAAUUUAAUUAAAGUCCCACAAUCUGUACGGGAUACUCAAGCUGUUCACAAUUCAGAUAGUAUACAAAAUAAUCAACCUGACUGUGAUAACAAUGAAUCAUUCAGUAAUUCAAGCAGUGAAAUUGACAAUCAUCCUGUCAAAUCAGAUGAAAGUGAAGAGGAUUUAAAAUCUUUAGAAGUUAAUGAUGUAAAAACUAAUGAUAAUGAUGAUGACGAAGAUAUGCCAGUUGAAUCGAAAGAUGAUUUAACUUCAUUGUUAAAUUCAUUGACUGGUCAGCCCAAUGAUGAUGAUUUACUAUUGUAUGCUAUUCCAGUCUGUGCUCCUUAUUCAGUUCUAUUAAAGUAUAAGUUCAGAGUAAAACUGAACCCAGGAACUACAAAGCGAGGAAAAGCAUCGAAAAUGGCGUUGUUUCAGUUUACAUCGGACAAAUCCACAAACAACAGAGAACGAGAAUUAAUACGUGCAAUGAAAGAUGAAGAAGUAUCGCGUAAUUUCCCAGGAUGUGUAAAGUUAACGUUACCUCAAGUUAAGCCCUCACGAAAAAAAUAAAACCUAUUUUCCUUUCACUUUAUGUUUUUUAAAGUCCAAUUGUGAUUUUUUGCUUAAACCCUAAUUGCUCCCUGAUAUUCUUAGCCAUACUGAACAGGAUCUUGCUUGUGACUACUAUUACUUUCCUCCUUGACUUCCAAGUGUUAUUCAAAAGUCUUACCAGAAAGCUUUCUUAUUUUCUGUAAAUGUAUGAACAUUUCCACUUGUAGUUACGUCUCUUCUAAUCAAGAAUAAAAAAUUGUUAAUCUUUUUGACGUUGGUUGUAACUGUAAUUUUGUCACAAACUAACUGACAAGCAAUCACGAAUAUAGAGAUUAGAAUCAU